AGCAAGGUAAAUAUGUAGGUAGAAUUCUGUUGAUGUCUUCGAAUUGUACCUAUGUGCUUACGACGACGUGAGUGGAUUGACCCCACUUCUCCAAAUUCAGCCGCGAGAAGACUGGAAGGGUCUCCGUCUCCACCUGGAGCCGGGGUCCACUUGGCUAGCGAUUAGUUGCAGGUAAGAGUGUUAGAUGUACCUUUUGGUGCAAGUUGUCCUCUAAUAUCGAUAGCUGCUAAAAGUGCGAUUCCAUGUUCCAACGUUGGAACAUCAUCCACCUUCGCCCUUCGUUAAUGGUCAAUGCCAACCAUCGCUAUUUUCCGCAACCCAACUCGACAUUAACCCUCUCUAGGUCCUUGGAUCGAAGCAGAUGCCGUGCUAGCUCUGCCUAGCUAGACGUCUCGGCGAGCCUGCAGCGCGUUCGGAAUCGCACACGAGACUCCCUACCUAAUAUACUCGAUACUGGAUCCCGGAUAGGGGAUCGCCGUCACCAUGAACGGCUAUAACGAGAAGAGCCACUACGAUGACGAACCGGAACCGGGGAACUUCGUACGCGCUUUUGACGCUUUCCCGAAAUCGAAGCCGCAGUACGUAACGCGCACGUCGGGAGGCGGGAAGUGGACGGUGGCGAUGUCGGUGGUGUCGCUGGUGCUGCUGUGGUCGGAGCUGGGGCGGUGGUGGCAGGGCGAGGAGACGCACACGUUCGCGGUCGAGAAGGGCGUCGGGCACAGCAUGCAGAUCAACCUGGACAUCGUGGUCAAGAUGAAGUGCAAGGACCUGCACGUCAACGUGCAGGACGCGGCGGGCGACCGCAUCCUCGCGGCCUCGCGCCUGCAGGAGGACGCGACCUCGUGGGGGCAGUGGGUCGACGCGAAGGGCGUGCACAAGCUCGGCCUCGACAGCCACGGCCGCGCCGUCACCGGCGCCGGAUGGCACGACGAGGGGUUCGGCGAGGAGCACGUCCAUGAUAUCGUCGCCAUGGGCCGCAAGAAGGCCCGCUGGGGCAAGACGCCGAGGCUCUGGGGCGCCGAGGCCGAUAGCUGUCGUAUUUACGGGAGUCUGGACUUGAACAAGGUCCAGGGCGAUUUCCAUAUUACUGCGAGGGGCCACGGAUAUGCUGAGGCUGGACAGCAUUUGGAUCAUGGUGCUUUCAACUUCUCCCACGUUAUUUCGGAGCUCUCGUUCGGGCCCUACUACCCGUCUCUCGUGAACCCCCUCGACCGCACGAUCAACCUAGCCACAGCGCAUUUCCACAAGUUCCAGUACUUCAUGUCGGUGGUGCCGACGGUAUACAGCGUGCAACGGGGCUCGGGCACGGAGCGCACCAUCUUCACGAACCAAUACGCCGUCACGGAGCAGAGCAAGGAGGUCAGCGAACGCCUCGUGCCCGGGCUCUUCUUCAAGUACGACAUCGAGCCCAUCCUGCUGCACGUGGAGGAGCGCCGCGACAGCUUCCUCACCUUCGGCGUCAAGGUCGUCAACAUCCUCAGCGGCGUGCUCGUCGCCUGCCACUGGGGCUUCACCCUCAGCGAGUGGCUGAAGGAGGUCAUCGGCCGCAGGCGCAGGAAGCAGAGCGAGGGCGUCAUCGGCGCUAAGGACCACUACGACGACUGAUCGCCCAUCCCCGUGGAA